AACUCGCACAGGGCGUAGACAAGGCACGCUUGCACACAGAGUCUGCUGGAGGAUUCCUAACAAUGAUAAGGCAGAUUUUCUGACCCACGCAGCCAAAAGAUACGCAUCGCCUCAUUGGCGCUUGCCGCACCGCUACGAGUCGAUGAUGUCCAUCGCUAGAUUUUGAUGGCGCAGCAGGUCAAGAUGCGUUCGUGGAGGUGACGAUGGGGUGAUUGAUGUUGCAAAGAUUUUCACGGCUUGGAGGUGCUUAUAGGUGGAGAGGUACUCGAUUAUGAUAGCCAGCAUCUACAUUCAGGAAGACGAUAGUAACCUCACAAGACGUAAUUGGAUACUAGCUUGAGGCCUUCUCAGCAAGUGCCUGAUUGAAGCCCCCUUGAUAUUCUUAGCAUGUCGACUACAACCCAGCUUCAGCAGCCGGAAUUGGAGCUCUGCCACUUCCCCGAGAUCAACAAAGCCUCCAAAUAUUCUUCAACACUGGAACUGCCUUCAUUGCCCAACUCAGCCGCGGUCUCUGAACUACAUCUCACAUAUGAGUCUCGAAAGCAAUCAGCGUCAGAUGAAGAGACACAGACUCCGCCCCGCUCACCCACGCCGACCUCCACCACAAAUGGUCCCGGAGCAUUCAGCACCACUGCCAUUCCUGACGGCGGCUACGGCUGGGUUGUGGUCUUUGCAGGCUUCAUAGUAACCUUCUGGAUAAACGGGAUGGCCAAUUGCUGGGGGAUUCUGCAAAGCGCACUUCUUAAAAGCACACUCUCCCACGUGCCUACAUCCACGGUAUCGUUCAUCGGCUCAUUGAAUCUGAGCUUUGGUGUUGCAUUCGGCGUCUUGACUUCUAAAGUCGGGCACCACUUUGGAUCUAGGUACACAGCCAUGAUGGGUAUCACAAUGAUGGGGCUCGGUCUUAUUGCAGCUGGCAAUUGCACAUCGAACCUCCCGGGUCUAUUUUGUACAAUUGGGCUGUUGGCAGGCAUUGGCCUGAACGCUGUCUUCACUAUUACCAAUCAGCUGCCUGUGCAGUACUUUUCUGGACGCCUUGGAUUAGCGAACGGUCUCAUUAAGCUUGGUGGUGGUAUCGGUGGGACUGUCAUGGCCAUCGUUCUCGACAAGAUGGUUCAGCGUGUGGGCAUCGCUUGGACAUUCCGUAUACAAGGACUAUUAACAAUUGGUAUGGGACUACCAGCUGCUUGGUUCAUGAAAGACCGCGUCGCUUCUAUUCGUAAGGCGCCUUUCGUCGACCUGGCCAUGUUUCGCAGCGUGCCAUUCACAGCCAUGUUCGCGGCAGGUGCGAUUGGAACAUUCGCCCUCUUCGUGCCGCCAUACUAUCUACCUCUUUUCGCACAAUCACUCGGGCUCUCGUCGACAACUGGUGCCGGUCUAGUGGCUGCAUUCAAUGCAUGCAAUGCUGUCGGCCGCUUUGCAGGAGGGCCUCUGUGCGACAAGGCCGGCCCUACAAAUACCUUCUUCAUCGCCAUGGUCCUCAACGCCGUUAGUAUGCUGGCAAUCUGGCCGGUCUCUAACACCCUGGGACCGCUGCUGGCCUUCGCUGUUCUCAAUGGUGUAGCCAAUGGCGCUUACUUUACUGUGUUUCCUACAGUGGUCGCUAGCAUUUUUGGUCCUGGACGGGCAGCUGUGGCGAUGAGUAUGUCAACCACUGGAUGGACCUUUGGGUUUUUGCUGGGUGCGCCUGUUGCAGGUUACAUCUUGCAAGCCUCAGGAGGACAAGAGAGCGCUGGGCUGGGCAACAUUGAUGUGUAUCAACCAGCAAUCUUCUAUGCCGGCGGAGUGGCGUUGUUGUCAAGUAUCUUCGCGUUGUUGGGUAGACUACAUAUGGCGAAAAAGGUUGCUAAAUGGGUGUGAUAUAGGAAGUUUGUAGAUGGAUGGCUGAAGCAGUGAUGGUGGGAACCUUUAAAUCCUGUCAGCUACUGAGUUAUCAGUGUCCAAAUAUGUAAACUGAACGUGCACUCAGCCGCCAAGCUAAGAAAAGGGAAAUGAUCCAGCAGUACCGCCAGACACAUGCAAAAUAACACGAUACAACUUCGUG